AAGAAAAACUCUGUUUCUCCUUCAUUUACUCGACGCAGGCACUCUCUUUUCCAUUUUCACUCUUCAAAUUACAGAUAAUAAAUCUUUAGCUUCUCCUCUUUCUUUUCUCUCUUUUUUUUUUUUUUUUCCCGACCGAGACCAAUGGCGGCGGCGAUGGUGAGCUCCGCCGGAGCUUUGCUUGCGAUGCUUAACGAGGAUCUCCCACAACUGAAACGUCACGCGCUUACUAACCUUAAUCGAUUCGUCGAUCAAUUUUGGCCUGAGAUCUCAACCAGUGUGCCUCAGAUAGAGAGUUUAUAUGAAGAUGAGCAGUUUGACCAGGAUCAGAGACAACUUGCCGCGUUGGUUGUUUCCAAGGUUUUCUGUUACCUGGGUGAUCUAGAUGAUUCCUUAUCAUAUGCCCUUGGAGCUGGUCGUCUUUUUGAUGUUACAGAGGACUCUGAUUAUGUUCAUACUCUUCUCGCUAAGGCUAUAGAUGAGUAUGCAAGUCGUAAGACAAAGGCAGCUGAAUCAAAUACUGAGACAGCAAAUGUGGACCCUAGGCUUGAGGAAAUUGUGGAGAGAAUGCUGGAUAAGUGUAUCGAGGAAGGGAAAACCCAACAAGCCAUGGGAAUUGCAAUUGAAUGUAGAAGAUUGGACAAACUUAAGCAAGCAAUAACAGAGAGUGCUAAUGUUCAUUCGACUCUGUCAUAUUGCAUAAAUGUUUCUAAUGCUUAUGUCAGUAGUAGAGAAUAUCGGUGUGAGGUGUUCCGUCUUCUGGUUAAUGUUUAUGAAACACUGCCUUCUCCUGAUUAUUUGAAUAUAUGUCAAUGUCUCAUGUUCUUGGAUGAGCCUGAACGUGUAGCAAGCAUAUUGGAAAAACUUCUACGCUCUGAAAAUAAGGAGGAUGUUUUGCGUGCAUUUCAAAUCGCUUUUGACCUUGUGGAGAAUGAGCACCAGGCUUUUCUAUUAAAUGUUAGAGAUCGCCUUCCAGCCCCUAAGUCUCAAAAUUUGGAGUCAACUCAGCCAAAAUCUAGCAAUCCAGAACCUGCUCAAAAUGAAAAUGCUGCUGCUCCAGAGGAUGUUCAAAUGACAGAAGGAGCUUCAGCUUCAACUGUUGUGCAUGAGAUAGAUCCAAAGGAAGCGACCUACGCUGAGAAUCUGGCAAAAAUCAAGGGAAUUUUGUCUGGAGAGACAUCAAUAAAGUUAACUCUACAAUUUUUAUACAGUCAUAAUAAAUCGGAUCUUCUUAUUCUGAAAACAAUCAAGCAGUCUGUUGAGAUGAGGAAUAGCGUUUGUCACAGUGCUACUAUUUAUGCUAAUGCAAUUAUGCAUGCUGGAACAACUGUGGAUACAUUCCUUAGGGACAAUCUAGAUUGGUUGAGUAGGGCCACUAAUUGGGCCAAGUUUAGUGCUACAGCAGGGCUUGGUGUUAUCCACAGAGGUCACCUGCAGCAGGGAAGGGCGCUAAUGAGACCUUAUUUGCCCCAGGGUGGAUCUGGUGGCGGAGGUAGUCCGUACUCAGAAGGUGGUGCUCUUUACGCACUAGGUCUCAUCCAUGCAAACCAUGGUGAGGGCAUCAAACAAUUCCUUCGUGAUAGCCUACGUAGCACUAAUGUAGAGGUUAUUCAACAUGGGGCCUGCUUAGGUCUAGGUUUGGCAGCUCUAGGAACUGCUGAUGAAGAAAUCUAUGAUGACAUCAAAAGUGCUUUGUACACUGAUAGUGCCGUUGCUGGUGAAGCUGCUGGUAUUAGUAUGGGUUUGCUUAUGGUUGGAACUGCAAGCGAGAAGGCCAGUGAAAUGCUUACUUAUGCUCAUGAGACGCAGCAUGAGAAGAUUAUUAGGGGAUUAGCAUUGGGGAUAGCCCUCACAGUUUAUGGAAGAGAAGAAGAAGCAGACACACUGAUUGAGCAGAUGACUCGGGAUCAGGACCCUAUACUUCGUUAUGGUGGCAUGUAUGCAUUGGCAUUGGCCUACAGGGGAACAGCAAACAAUAAGGCCAUCCGCCAGCUGCUGCACUUUGCUGUAUCAGAUGUGAGUGAUGAUGUCAGGAGGACUGCUGUUCUUGCACUUGGAUUUGUCCUGUACAAUGACCCGGAGCAGACCCCUCGAAUUGUCUCCCUGCUGUCUGAGUCCUACAACCCACAUGUACGUUAUGGCGCAGCUCUUGCUGUAGGCAUUUCCUGCGCAGGCACUGGCUUGAGUGAGGCUAUAUCAUUGCUGGAACCUCUGACAUCAGAUGUUGUUGAUUUUGUUCGUCAAGGUGCCCUCAUUGCAAUGGCUAUGGUUAUGGUGCAGAUGAAUGAGGCCAGUGACUCUCGUGUUGGAACCUUCAGGCGACAAUUGGAAAAGAUAAUCCUUGAUAAGCAUGAAGACACUAUGAGCAAGAUGGGUGCAAUCCUUGCUUCAGGAAUACUUGAUGCUGGUGGAAGGAAUGUGACAAUAAAAUUGCUCUCUAAGACAAAACAUGAUAAAGUCACUGCAGUUGUUGGACUAGCCGUUUUUAGCCAGUUUUGGUAUUGGUAUCCUCUCAUUUAUUUCAUAAGCUUGUCAUUCUCACCCACCGCUUUUAUUGGGCUCAAUUAUGACUUAAAUGUUCCAAAAUUUGAGUUCAUAUCAAAUGCAAAACCAUCUUUAUUUGAGUAUCCAAAGCCAACCACUGUGCCCACCACUACAUCUGCUGUGAAACUUCCUACUGCUGUACUGUCAACAUCAGCAAAGGCCAAAUCUAGGGCCAAGAAAGAUGCAGAACAGAAAGCUAAUGCUGAAAAGGCAGCUGGGGCAGAGUCUUCAUCUGCUGCAACAAAUACUGGGAAAGAGAAAUCCUCUAUUGAGAAGGAUGGGGAUGCCAUGCAGGUUGAUAGCCAGCCAGAGAAGAAAGCAGAGCCAGAACCUUCCUUUGAGAUAUUGACUAACCCAGCAAGAGUGGUUCCUGCCCAGGAGAAGUUUAUAAAAUUGAAGGAAGAUAGCAGAUAUGAACCUGUGAAGCUGGCAGCUUCAGGGUUUGUCCUCCUGAAAGACUUGAAACCAACUGAACCAGAGGUGCUUUCACUCACUGAUGCACCUUCCUCAACAGUGUCACCUGCUGGCGGUUCAGCUGCAGGACAGCAGGGUUCUGCAUCAUCAAUGGCUGUUGAUGAGGAACCCCAACCACCUCAGCCCUUCGAGUACACCUCGUGAUUUGGGUCGCAGUGAGUUUGAAACGAUAUUCAGUCAGAAAUCACAGUGCUUUUAACUCGAGGAAAGUAAAAAGUCAGAUGUGCUUAAGAAACCACUUAAAGCUUGGGUGGAUAUGACCCGGACGGAAGGCGAGAGUGCUGGCAUUUCAAAGUUUCCUUAUCUUCAGCGCUCGAUGUUGUUGAGUAGCACAAUUUUUUUUAGGUACUUGUAUGUCACCUGAUGGAUGGGUGUUUAGAUGUUGGGGAAUGAAAUAUUAGUUCAUUUUGAAGUGGUCGAUAUACAUUUUUAAUUUGCUGUCAUUACUGUGUUUAUCUGAUUGUUCCCAUUCAUCUGCACGAAUUGCAGUUAAAGCUUCCACUUUUUUAUGCGAUUCUUUUCCCAGCGUUAUGGUUAA